UUUCUCAUGAACUCAGAUCGCGUAGAUUAUAAUAAGUAAAGAUGUAUAAAAGGAAGAUUAUCCGAGAGUCAGUUAGUGAGUGAACACGUAGCCAUGAGAUCGGUCUGUUUAGCUUUUGGGAUUUUGUUGGCAUUUACCAAUGCAUCUGAGAGAGUUCAAAGAAGCUACGGCGGAGGUGGAGGGGGCGGAGGUGGCGGCGGAUUCGGUUUUGGUGGCGGAGGCGGAUUCGGAUAUGGAGGUGGAGGUGGCGGCGGAGGUGGAUUUGGAGGAGGCCUCGGCGGGGGUGCUGGAUUAGGAGCAGGAUUGGAUGUUAUUCGAAGUGGCGUUCAUGGUAUCCUCGAUAAAGUACACGAAGGCCUCGGCAAUAUCGGCGCUGGUGCAGGUGGAGCCGGCGGUUUUGGAGGAAGUUUUGGAGCUGGUUUAGGAGGAAGUGCUGGAGGUGGUAGUGGCUUAGGAGGAGGAGCCGGCGGGGGCAUCGGAGGUGGAAAAGAAAAAGUUGUUUACACCAAGUCUGACGAUGGUAAAUCCGGUGGAUUUGCAUUCACUGGAACCACUGGGAACGGUGGAUAUGGCGGAGGUGGUGGAUACAGCAGCGGCGGUGGUGGCAGCGGCUAUGGCGGAGGAGCUGGAGGAGGAAGUGGUCAUAGCAGCGGACAUGGUGGAGGUAGUGCUGGAGGAUUCGGAGGUAAUGGAGCUUCCGGUAGCGGAGGACUAGGAGGUGGUGCUGGAGGUGGAAUUGGAGGAGGUGCUGGGAUUGGUAGUGGACAUGGAGGAAGUGCCGGAGGUUCUGGAGGUUUUGGAGGUUCUGGCAGCGGAGGAUUUGGUACUGGACUGGGAGGUGGCGCUGGUCUAGGAGGUGGGUCUGGAGGUGGACAUGGAGGCAGCAGUGGAGGUUCUGGAAGUUAUGGAGGUUCUGGUAGCGGAGGACUAGGAGGUGGGUCUGGAGGUGGACAUGGAGGCAGCUCUGGAGGUUCUGGAGGUUAUGGAGGUUCUAGUAGCGGAGGACUAGGAAGUGGCUCUGGACUAGGAGGUGGCGCUGGACUAGGUGGUGGCGCUGGAUUAGGAGGUGGUGCUGGAGGUGGACAUGGAGGCAGCACUGGAGGUUCUGGAGGUUAUGGAGGUUCUGGUAGCGGAGGACUAGGAAGUGGCUCUGGACUAGGAGGUGGCGCUGGACUAGGAGGUGGCGCUGGACUAGGAGGUGGCGCUGGACUAGGUAGUGGCGCUGGAUUAGGAGGUGGUGCUGGAGGUGGACAUGGAGGCAGCACUGGAGGAUCUGGAGGUUCUGGAGGUUAUGGAGGUUCUGGUAGCGGAGGACUAGGAAGUGGCUCUGGACUAGGAGGUGGCGCUGGACUAGGAGGUGGGGCUGGACUAGGAGGUGGCGCUGGAAUAGGAGGUGGCGCUGGAGGUGGACAUGGAGGCAGCAGUGGAGGUUCUGGAGGUUAUGGAGGUUCUGGCAGCGGAGGACUAGGAGGUGGCGCUGGACUAGGUGGUGGCGCUGGAUUAGGAGGUGGUGCUGGAGGUGGACAUGGAGGCAGCAGUGGAGGUUCUGGAGGUUAUGGAGGUUCUGGUAGCGGAGGACUAGGAGGUGGCGCUGGACUAGGUGGUGGCGCUGGAUUAGGAGGUGGUGCUGGAGGUGGACAUAGAGGAAGCAUUGGAGGUUCUGGAGGUUAUGGAAUUUCUGGUAGCGGAGGACUAGGAGGAGGGCUAGGAGGUGGGCUAGGAGGUGGACUUGGUGGUAAUGGAGGAAUUGGCGGAGGACACGGAUUCAGUGCUGGAGGUUUAAGUAGUGGGGGUCUCGGAGGUGGCGCUGGACUAGGUGGCGCACUUGGCGCUGGUAUCAGUGGCUUAGGAGGGUUCGGUGGUUUCGGUGGAAGCCAUGGAGGUUACGGAGCAUCAGGAGGGUCGCAUGGUGGUUCAAGUGGAUGUGGUUCAGGUUCCUGCGGUGGCUGCGGUUCAGGUUCUUGUGGUGGUCAUGGUGGGGCAUUUGCCAAAGCGAGCGCCUCUGCUUCUGCCUCAGCCUCAGCAGGUAGUUAUGGAAAAUAACUAAAACCAAGGCCAAUAAUAAAACCUGUCAUGAUUAACUUAUAAGGAUCUACUCUUAGUAUUUACAACUAACUACAAUAUUGAAUUUAUUGUAACAACAACUUUUAUUAAUAAUUUUUUAUAAAAAAUUUAUCUUCUUGAGAUUAACUGAAGCCAAGCUAAUACUGUGAUUGUAACGAUUAUGAUAUUAUUAUCUUUGUAUAGUCAUAAAUAAAUAAGUUUUUUUAAUUAAUAUAAAUUUACCUGCAAA